AGCUGCAAUGCCGGCACUCUUUGAUCCUGCGCACUCGCCGCAGGUGAAAGCUUGGCUCACCAAAGAGCUCGGUCCAAUCUGCGACGCCGAGCCUGACGUUCUUGCAGACUAUGUGAUUGCUCUCCUUAAGCACGACGCCUCCGAGGGAGAGCUCAAGUCGCUCCUUGAUGAACAGCUUGCUGACUUCCUUGAUGACAAGACCGGCCCUUUCGUCUCCAAACUAGUAUCAGCACUGUCAAAGAAGUCGUAUCUACCCAAAGUAGCAGCAGCAGCUCCCUCGGGCCCGUCAUCAUCUCGCAAGAGACCAGCGGAGGACGACGAGGAGCAUUCCAGGCAGCAGCCACCUGCAGCCAAGUCUGCUCGUCCCAGCGCUGGCAACGAGAGCACACCAGCGGCAGCCGCUGCUCCCCGUGGUCCAGCAUCAGAUCGCCGCAAUGGUACGCCGACUGGUCCUUCUUCAGACCGAGAGUCGACGAGGGAGAGGGAAAGGGACAUCUCUGAGAGGAGCAGCUCUGCUCGACCACAGCAGCCUGGUCAGCAGCAGCAGCAGUCUGCAGCUCCUGGCAUCAGGGGGAAAGAAAAAGACCUUUGUCGCGACUUUCACCAAAAGGGAUGGUGCUCCCGAGGAGAGCAAUGUCGCUGGGAGCACUCAGGCGAUGCGAUCAUGGGCACCAGCAUGCCCCCACAAGGUCAAUUUCCCGGCGGCAUAGGAAUUCCUCAACAGCAACAGCAGCAGCAGGGCGCGCCCUUCAAUCAGAGGCAGGCAGGCUCCCCUCCCGGCCCCAACGGCUUCAUGGGCCGCCCACCGAUGAUGAUGAAUAUGCCACCUGGCGGCAUGCCGCCUGGCUUCCAGAUGCAGAUGGGUCCUCAGGGAUGGCAGGGAGGGCCACCACAGCAGCAUCAGCAAGGCCAGAUGCCCAUGGGCUUCCCACCGGGCAGCAAUGGACCGGAGGGCCUCCCGCUGGGCAUGCGACUCGGCGAGCAGCAGCCGCAGAACAGCCCGCCGCCAUUCGCAGGGCACGACGGCGUGCAGCCCGCACCACAACGAGGAGGCUUUGCAGGUCGAGGUCGUGGAGGUGGCCAGGCCGUACGACCAGGCACCUUCCAAUCACGAGCACGAAGCGCUACGACACUGGUCAUCGAGAACGUUCCCGCCGAGUCGCUCGACUUGGUCAAGAUCAACGACUACUUCAAGCGCUUCGGUACGAUUACCAACAUUCAAGUCGAUGCGCCUGGUUCGAAGGCUCUGGUCAGCUAUUCGAGUCCACAAGAAGCGAAAGCGGCACACGAAUCGCCAGAAGUCAUCUUUGGGAAUCGAUUCGUCAAGGUCUACUUCCAGAAGUUGGAUGACUCAAACGGAGGUGGACCGGCGCAGCCUCGCCCGCCUCCGCCACAGAAGCAGACCUUCGCCGCAGGACAAAACGUCUAUCGUCCCCCUGGUGCAGCAGGUGCGGCAGCUUCGACAUCAGGCACCUCCUCCCCCUCCCACGCCGCUGGUUCCUCUUCCUCUACCCCUUACCUGCCUGGCGGCCUCACCCCGGAGCAACACGCUGCACGCCGUUCAGCCCUCGAAGCGCAGAAAGCUGCCCAGCUUCGUUUCAAUGAGCUGAUGACCGAGCAGAAGCAGCUCUUAGUCAAGGCUACAAGUAGCGCAACGAGCGCCGAGGAGAAAAAGGCGGCCAUGAAGCGGUUGAAGGAGGUCGAGCCCGGGAUCAAGGAAGCGGGAGAGAAGGUCAGGGAGGCUUUCGAAGCGAUUAAGGCACUGCCCCAACCCACAAAGGCGGCGCCUCCCGGAGCCAAGGCUGAGCAGAGGGAGAAGAUGGAGAGGGAGAGGUUAGACAGAGAGCUGGAGGCACAUGCUAGUCAGCCAGACACUACCACAGGCGGAGGUGACUCCGCAGAGGGGAGCAGCAAUGGAGCGUCUGGCAGCAGCAGCGCAAACCCCGCUCUCGUUGCCAAGCUUGCCGCCCUCCAAGCUGAAGCGACCUCCAUGGGCCUGGACAAGACAGGCGCUCCAAUCAGCGGUAGCAGCAGGGGCGGCUAUACGGCACGCGGUCGCGGCGCAUACCGAGGUGCUCGAGGCGGUGGUGCUGCUGCUCCUAUGCGACUGGACAAUCGAUCCACCAAGUUGUACGUUCUGGGCCCUCCAGCGGGCGAGGAACAGAAGCGUACAAAGGUCAAGGAGUGGCUUUCCAGCUUUGGAGAGGUGUCAGAGUUUGAUGAGGCGCCCAGCGAGGAGAACAAUGGAGAGAAGGUGGGGCUGGCGGUCACGUUCAAGCAUAGAAGCAUGGGAGAGCAGGCGGUCAGGACGCUCAUCGCCGCCUCGAGUGGGACGGGGAGUAAGCUGCCCGCGGAGGUGGAUGGGAUCAAGCUUGUUUGGGCACCAGCUCCUCAACGCCCGGCGAGCAUUCCGACCACGCCGGCUGGAGGAGAGGGAAUUGAAGGGUCGGCGGCGAAGGAGGAGGGGGAUCAUGAUGGGGAGGAGAAUUGGAAGAGGUAGUCGUAGUCGGCAGAGAGGCGUGCGAUGAGCCCUGGGUUUCACACUUCGUCUCUCCUCUUCACCUCUGCGUAAUGAAAGAACAAAAGACAGGGUUCGCGCUGCAACACGCACGCAACCGUGGGCCCACAUGAAUGUGGCUCCUUGACUCGACUC